AAUGAAUAACACCCCAAAAUAUUAAUCUGAAAAAAAAACAAUUAUUGUGUUCCAUUGACGGAGAAAAAAUUGAAUUGUAUUAUUUAUCUGAAAAAUAGUGAUUUGUUUGAAAGGAGCGAGUGGUAAAUUUGGAUUCCCUUCACCGGUGAAUUGGUUGAUGAUGUCGGGCUUGAAACUGAGCGCAUCCGCUUCUACUUCUAUCUGUUUUCUCCUCCGUUCAGCCAAGUCCAGAACCAAACCCAUCCUCAUCUCUUUCUCAAACAAUAUCCCUUAUAGAAACAUUCACCACCAACAUGAACGCGACACAACUAAAUUCCCAAUUUCUUCUUCUUCUUCUUCUUUCUCAGACAAAUUAGGGGUUUCUGGAAAAGCUCUUGUUUCAACACUUCCACCACAACCUGAACAGCCGGAACCUUCGAAAUUGCUCACUCUGCCCACCAUUCUCACUCUUGGCCGUGUCGCCGCAGUCCCCCUUCUUGUUGCUACUUUCUAUAUGGAUGGUUGGCGAGGAACCGCUGCUACUACCACAAUUUUCGUUGCUGCCUCAGUUACUGAUUGGCUUGAUGGCUAUAUUGCUCGCAAGAUGAACUUAAAAUCCCAAUUUGGUGCAUUCUUAGAUCCUGUUGCUGACAAGCUUAUGGUUGCCGCCACAUUGGUCUUAUUAUGUACUAGACCCUUGGAUGUUGGUGUCUUUGCCCAACUACCCUGGCUACUCCCUAUACCAGCCAUUGCCAUCAUUGGAAGAGAGAUUACCAUGUCUGCUGUUAGGGAAUGGGCAGCUUCCCAGGAUAGUAAGCUUUUAGAGGCUGUUGCUGUAAAUAACUUGGGGAAGUGGAAAACAGCCACACAGAUGACUGCGUUAGCCCUCCUCCUCGCAACCCGGGACUCGAGUCAUGGAGGAGCUGCCUUUGUAGUGGGGUCUGGUGUUGCAUUGCUUUAUACUUCUGCAGGGCUCGCCUUAUGGUCAUUGGCUGUAUAUAUGAGGAAAAUUUGGAAGGUUUUGUUGAGGUAGCAUGCUUGAUGCUCCAUGUAUUUCACAUAUAUAUCCAAUUUUUUGUGGCUCUGAUUCUCCUGUUGUGUGGUUACCGACGUCACGAAAGGGAGCUGCAUAGUGGCAUGUAAAUGUAAUAUUUAUUCUGCACAAUGUCUAACUUAUACAGCACCAUUUCUACUAUUCCUGAAAGUUAUCUGCACACAUUUUUGUCCCCAGUCACUGUAGGUAAUAAAAAGAAAGAAGGCAAAUAGAUUUUGGAGUCGUCGGAGCUUUGCUACCAUAGAAAAUUCGAAACAUGAACUUUUCUGCGAGCCUUGUUUACUUUUCAGUUGCCUUUUCUUCUGGUAUGUUAUUAUUCAUUAUGUAUAAAUAUAAGCACACCAGUUAAAUUGCAACUACAGUGUGCAUAGAGAAGCCUUGAUCGAACAAACUAUAACUUGAAAACGUUAUGAUAUCGGGUAUAUUGGAUAAUGUGGACGUCGGAAAGUUGAACUUGUUUCUUUUCA